UCGUCGUCGCCUCGCUCUCCCGGUGCUUCGCUCGCCCGAGCAUAUGACGCAGAGAUCGCAUAAAUCCCCCCAGCGACCCCGCUCGAUCCUCACUGACUCCUCGUCCCUUUCACACGGGGACCGUUCGGGACUUUGUAACGCUUCUCGUAUUGUAAUAUAAGUGUGAUUCGCUUCGUCGAGAAUAGGAAUAGUGGGAGGAUGAUUUUUCGAUUUAUUAACCGAAUGCGCUCGGGUGGAUCCGAAUUGUGCGAGCUCGGCAUGUACGCGGGCGAAGCGAUCGAUGCACGUCAAGGUCCAGGAGGUCGUGCAUCGGAUGUCGUCGCUGCGGCUGGGGAGAAUCGGUUCGAACGAGGAUGAACGACGAUCGAUCUGAUCUGAUCUGAUCUGAUUCGAUCCGGUAUAAGUUGCGGAGGAGGACAAGCACGAGGAAAUAUGGCAGUCGGGAAGAGGAUCGAGGCCCACCAGCGAACGAAUGGCGAUUGGUCCGACAACUUCUUCUCUGGAGCGAGUGCUUCGCUUUGUUCCAAAGUCAUUCUUCAGCCCUUCGAUACGUCGAAGACCGUCCUGCAGGCGACGAAGGAACUGAGAGGAGGGUAUACCAACUUGGCUCAGUGCAUGGUAGGUUUGGUACGAAACAGAGGAUUCGGCGCUUUGUACACGGGCUUCUUGGCAUCCAUCGCGGUCUCGGCUCCGUCUUCUGCAGUCUUCGCAGCAGGUUACGAAUUCUCCAAAGCAUGGGUAGAAAAAGCAUCCCACGAUUCGGCUCUGCCGCUGCUGCAACUGGCUCCCGUGCUGGCUGCUGCGUUUGGGAACGUGGCGGCCAGUGUGGUGAGAGUUCCCCCGGAAAUCAUCAAACAGCGCGUGCAGGCUGGAAUUUAUCGUAAUGUGUUUGAGGCGACGACUUCCGUCUGGCUUAAGGAGGGCUUUACGGGCUUUUAUCGGGGCUACACAGCGAUGGUGGCUCGAGAUAUUCCGUACUCCGCACUUCAGUUUAUGACCUUCGAGAUUUUGAAAAAGCGUAGGCUGAGGACUCGCUUCAAGUCCAAGCAGCAGGGCAAACCAAAAAACGGCGAAGGCAUGAUGACUGAUAUGUGGAUGGGAGCUAUUGCGGGAGCGGUUGCAAGUACUUUGACGACUCCAUUGGACGUGGUGAAAACCAGAGUCAUGACACAAACCUUCGCAGGAAGAGCUGUAUAUCCCGGACUUCCUGCCACCGUAAAGCAAAUCUGGAUAGAAGAAGGCCUCGUUGGUUUCGGACGUGGAAUGCUGCCGAGAGUCCUAUACAAGGUUCCGGCAUCUGCAGUAUUUCUAGUCUGCUACGAAGCUAUGAAAAGGAUUCUGUCCUCUGCGAGACGGGCUCGGCAACUGAAACACAUGAAAUCGGAGAAAGCAAGCUUCAUCCCUAUUCACCCAAUCGCAGAAGACUGUAAGCUUUCAACAGAAGCGACCGUUAGGAAGGCCAAGCCAGCAAUCGCGUAGACGGUGUUAUAUGGUUGUACAGUGAAUUUAUGUACAUUGAUAGGCAACUUUCGUGUAACGUAUAAGGGGCGGGGAAGUGAGUUGUACAUUAGUUUGAAAUGCUUGCUGAGGUGGUCUUCUGACAUGUACACUAAAGGUAGUUGCAGUUUAUGAGAGUUUCACGAGAUAUUUUCUCCAUCGGAAUGGUACAGUAAGAUGCUGGUAUGUACAGAGUUUGCAAAAUCCGGGUCGGGAAAGUAAAUUGUAUAUUAGUUUGAGAUGCUGGGUGAGGUUGCUUUCUGACAUUUACACUAGAGGUAGUUGCAGUUCAUGAGAGUUUCAUGAUUGUAUUUACUCCAUGGACAUCGUACAGUAAAGUGCUGUUUUGUACAGG